UGCGUACUUUAUGGCAACACAGACGUCCAUCGCACGUGCGACAGCGUACCUAACCUUCUCUUCUAAGCGUCUCAAAGUUAAUCAAAGUCAACCGAUAGAGUGAUAAUUUUGCGAUUGCAACGUAAUUCAAAUUACGCUCGAUUGAAAUCAACAUGACAAUAUGAUUUUGCCAGUAACAAUGCUACAACGAACCUUACCUGGCAAAACGUUGCCUUGUUUCGCUCGUGUGUUCUUCAAUCGGUUGAACAACUCUUCCGACGGUGCUUCUACAAAAAGCGAAACGGACAACGGUUCAUCGAACGUAGAGAAGUUGCAAGAUGAGCAUCCCGCGAUCGACAUCGAAACUUCCUCGGGUGAGGAGAAUGUGGCUCGUCUCGUGAAAGAAGCUGCCACUUACAGCGAUGCCGCGGACACAAAUUGGGCGACGAGUCCUUAUCCUGCUGGCGCUCCGACCCUUCUCGAGGAGGAAAACGCGAAACCAAAGAUCGAUCCUUCGGACAAGUGUGUGGUGCUCUUUCCUGGACAAGGCACUAUUAAAGUCGGUCAAGUGCGGAAAUACCUCCUCUUUCCUCAAGCUAAAGAACUAUUCGAGAUGGCUAAUGAGAUCCUCAAUUACAAUCUGCUGAAGCUGUGUCUAGAGGGCCCGCAAGAAAAACUCAAUCAGACGCGAUUCAAUCAGCCGGCCACUGUUGUGACUUCUUUGGCCGGUUUGGAGAGGCUCAGGGAAGAAAGACCCAGAGUGUUCGAGACUUGCACGGCAACCGCUGGAUACAGUAUAGGAGAACUGACUUCUCUGAUCUUCUCGGGAGUUUUCACUUUUGAAGAAGGUCUCAGACUGGUCUCUAUCAGAGGUGUAGCUAUGCAGUACGCGUCAGAAAAAUCGUCUCAGGGAAUGCUCUCGGUUUAUUGUACUCCUCAGGCUAAGAUAUCUCAAGCAUGUAAAGACGCUAUAAACUGGGCACAAGAUAAUGGUGUGGAGGAUCCGGUUUGCCAAGUUGCGGUAUAUUUAUACACUCAGGCGAAGAUAUUGGCUGGGAAUACUGAGGCUCUCAAUUACAUAGAAAAGAAUGCGGAGAAAUACGGACUUAAAAAAGUAGUUAGAUUGCCGGUAUCGGGAGCGUUCCAUACGAAACUGAUGGAGCCUGCGCUCAAAUCUUUCGGCAAAUUCCUCAGCACGAUGACGCUAAACGAACCUAGGUGUCAAGUUUAUUCUAAUUACAAAGGACACACUUAUGGCAAUCUAACACUAGUUAAAAAAUAUCUGAUUAAACAAAUUGUGUCGCCUGUGAGAUGGGAGCAAACCAUGCAGUUGUUGUACAACAGAGCUCCGGGAAAAGCCUUUCCGCGAACGUUUGACGUAGGAUCGGGUGGAAGAAUGGCGACAAUCUUAAAGUUAGUUAACGCGAAAGCGCACGACCAUUGUAUAUCUGUCUGACAUGUUCUAAUAAAAUAUAAAAAAUAUCUCACGUUUUUUAUGAGAAUAAAACGGAUAAGAAAGAGUUCUCUAAAAGUUAUGAGCUGUUUUGUACAAAUUUUUUCUAAAAGUUUAUUCUUCAUAAAAAAAAGAUAGACAUUUCAAUUCUUCUCAUAAAAUCUUUCUCAGUACAAACACAUAGCGUAACAAUGACGCUCUAAAUAUAAAUCGAACUUACAAAAUGAUUACAGUCAGAUAGUGUCGAGUCGAUAAAAUCAUGUCUUUCAGC